AUGUCUGAGCAUAUCCUCUGCAGAGUUCACAGCCCGGGUAGUCUGGAAUCGUUAACUCUCCACACCUGCGCUGCCCUGUGCCCGUUUGUCACAGGCGCAGCGCAGGAGCACCUACUCAGUACUGCCGCCAGGCGUGGGCCUUGCUCGCUGUGCUCCCGCGGGACGCACGCCGUGGCUGGAGCAUCCUCGGGGAACGCCCACGGGAAUCCCCUAGUCCCAAGCGAAGCUCCUGGCAGCGCCUCCUCUCCUGUACCGCAGUCGCGGGGUGAGUUUUCAGAGAGAAGCAGCGCAGGCUCGCAACAGACCCUCAACCGGAGCAACACCGGGAAGCCCUUUCGCGCAAGCCUGGCGGGCGGGGAGAAGAGCGCAGAGACCGGCAGAGGCGGCGGGGAGGCGGUGGCAGGGCGGGCAGUCGGUGGGCCUGGGGCGUGGUGUGUGGCCGGCAGCACCGGGAGGCAGCUCAGUCCCCGCCGCCAGCGGAGGGCGGCAGGCUCCGCAGACGAGGUGCCCAGCGCGGCCCGCUCCGCAACGGAGCCGCCGCUGCCGGCCGGCGAGGACGGCAGCAUGAGCGGCGGGCGCAGUGCGCGAUCCGCCGUGAAGAUGGAGGCGCCGUUUUACCCCGAGGAAGGACUGGAACUGCUCCCCGACUUUGUGGCGCUGCCGGGUUUUGGUACAGCGGGCGGACCUGGAGCCGAUGCAGCGGCGGCGGCAGCGGGGCAGAAGCUACUGCUGGGAGCCGGGAAGAAACGGGACCUGGGGGCCACCACCCCCGCGCCGCUCCCGGGGCCCUUCACCCUUCGCCCGCCCGCCAGCGCCCGCGGCAGCGCGGCGGCUUUGCGCUUGCUGCCACCGCCGGCUGCCGCCGCCCCGCCGCCAGCCACCGGUUCCGCGGAGCCGGCGGCCGGCGGUGGGGCGGCGGCGGCGACGGCCCGCAGUGGCCCAGAGGCCGCGCUGGGCUCAGCUGCUGAGCUGCCGUUGCUGAAAUUACCUCCGGCCGCCGACCUGGAGCAGCUGCUGAUCCAGGGGGGCGCAGGGCUGGGGUCCGGUAGCCCGGGGCCAGCGGCGCCCGGGACAGGGAGCGGCGGGGCAGCGGCGGCAGGGCCGUUUCUCUACCGGCAGCCGGUGACGCAGGAGCAGGAGGGUUUCGCCGACGGUUUCGUUAAGGCCCUGGCCGACUUGCACAAGCAAAACCAGCUCUUAUCGGCACCACCGCCACCGCUUUCCACGCCGGGACCCUGCUGCACCGCCCGUCCGGGGCCGCCAGGAGCCCCCGCCGCCGCCGACCCGCCGGCCGUCUACACCAACUUGAGCGGCUUCAACCCAGCGGGGCCGCUGAGCCCCUCGGGCAGCGCCUACUCUGCCGCCUCCGCCCCGCCGCCGCCGCCGCCGCCGCCGCCGGGCCUGGCCUUCGGGGCAGCUGGUUUGGGGAGCGGCCGGCUACCUCCGGCGCGGUCCCUGGAGGAGCCGCAGACGGUGCCCGAGGUGCCGCCGUCGGCAGGCGGGGAGGGCGGCAGCAGUGCGCCGACGCCUCCGUCGCUGUCGCCGCUGGACGCGGAGAGCCAGGAGCGGCUGAAGGCGGAGCGCAAGCGGCUGCGGAACCGCAUCGCCGCCUCCAAGUGUCGCCGACGGAAGCUGGAGCGCAUCGCCCGUCUGGAGGAGAAAGUGAAGGCGCUGAAGGGGCAGAACGCCGAGCUGGCUGCCACCGCCAACCUCCUCCGCGCCCAGGUCACCCAGCUGCAGGGCCGCGUGCGCAGCCAUCUCUCCUCCGGCUGCCACAUCAAUGCCGCCGGGCACCCUCCGCCCCCCGCCGCCGCAGCCUCCCAGCCGCGGGAGGUACCUCCGGAGGCGGCCGCCGCGCCGGAGACCAGCGCCUGCUGAGGAGGGAAGUCCCGCCGGCAGCCGAUCCCUGUAGCGGCGCCGCGGAGCAGAGGAGCUCGUUUGCCGCAGCUCUUCUGUCGUUAUUAUUAAUCAUUAUUUAUUUGCGCCCGGAGAAGGCGGUUGCGGAAGCCGGGCGUUGCUAAACGUUUCUCGAGGUCUGUCGAUGUUGCACUCAACAACGAAGGUCUACCGCGGGUGUGUUUGGGGCAGGUGGUUGUUUUUGUUUUGAUUUGUUUUGUUUUGUUUU